AUGGCGUUACCAAGAUGUUUCUGGUUGACACUAUUUCAGUGUUGUGUCUUGUCUUCCUUACUUGGUUUUUCUUUGAGUCUUGAUAAUAGGACUCAAUCUUGUGAUCCUAGUGAUUUAUCAGCUCUGAAAGAGUUUGCAGGAAACCUUACAAAUGGUUCCAUUGUCAAACUAUGGUCCAAUGAUAGUGUUUGCUGCAAAUGGAUUGGGGUUGUGUGUGGUGGUGAGAAUAAUGGAGAAUCUGUUACUAGAGUGACAAAGUUGAUUCUUUCUGAGAUGAGUCUCAAUGGAACAAUUUCACCUUCUUUAGCAAAACUAGAAUAUCUCACUGUGUUGAACCUUUCAUACAACCAUCUUGAGGGUAAAUUGCCUCAAGAGUUAUCAAAAUUGAAGAACUUGAAGUUUCUUGAUUUGAGCCAUAACAUGUUGUUAGGACCUGUUUCUAAGUCACUUUCUGGUUUGUCUUCCAUUGAAGUGUUGAAUAUUUCAAGUAAUUCAUUUUCUGAAGACUUCUUGUUUCAGUCUGUGGAGUUUACACAUCUUCUUGCUCUCAAUGUGAGUAACAAUUCAUUCACUGGUAAAUUCAGUUCUCAAAUUUGCAAUUCUUCAAAGGCUCUUCACACACUUGAUUUAUCUUCCAACCGAUUCGAUGGCAAUCUUGAAGGUUUGAACAACUGCUCUUUAUCUCUCCAAAGGUUGCAUUUGGAUUCCAAUUCAUUUUCUGGCCCUUUACCAGAUUCAUUGUAUUCAAUGUUAGCCUUGGAACAGUUAUCACUCUCUGCCAACAAUAUUUCUGGCAAGUUAAGCAAUGAGUUAAGUAAGCUUACUAGUCUAAAAUCUCUUGUGGUUUCUGCGAACCGAUUUUCAGGCGAAAUCCCAAAUGUUUUUGAGAAUCUUUUGCAGUUAGAACACUUAGUAGCACAUGCUAACUCAUUUUCUGGACCAUUACCUUCCACUUUGGCUUCAUGCUCUAAGCUUAGAGUACUUGAUCUUAAAAAUAACUCUUUGUCGGGUCCAAUCGAUCUUAAUUUCACCGGAUUAACUCGGCUUUGUUCGCUAGACCUUGCUAGUAAUCAUUUAACUGGACCACUUCCCAGUUCUUUGUCCUAUUGCCAUGAAUUGAAAGUUUUAAGCCUUGCUAGGAAUGGUUUAAAUGGUUCUGUACCUGAAAAUUAUGCCGAAUUAUCUUCUCUUUUGUUUGUAUCUUUUUCAAACAACAGCUUAGAGAAUUUAUCUGGUGCACUUUCUGUUCUUCAGAAGUGCAAGAAUCUAACAACUCUUAUCCUUACCAAGAAUUUCCACGGUGAGGAAAUUCCGCAAAGUGUGCCAACUGCAGGAUUUCAAAGUCUCAUGGUGCUAGCACUUGGAAACUGUGGUCUGAAAAAUCACAUUCCUUCUUGGCUAUUGAAAUGCAGGAAAUUGGCGGUGCUUGAUUUGUCUUGGAACUCUUUGAAUGGCAGUAUUCCUUCGUGGAUCGGUGAAAUGGACAGUUUGUUCUAUUUGGAUUUCUCGAAUAAUUCUUUCUCGGGAGAAAUACCGAAAAGUUUGACAGAGAUGAAGGGACUCCUGUGCUCGAAUUGUGGAAGACCAAAUUUGGCUACAUAUGCUUUCAUUCCGCUCUUUGUUAAAAGAAACACCAGUGUUAGUGGUUUGCAAUAUAAUCAAGCUUCAAGUUUCCCUCCUUCGAUUUUAUUGAGCAAUAACAUGUUGAGUGGAAGCAUAUGGCCAGAAAUCGGUAACUUGAAGGCACUUCAUGUGUUGGAUUUCAGCAGGAACAACAUCAGCGGUAGCAUUCCAAUUUCUAUUUCUGAGAUGGAGAAUCUGGAAACAUUGGAUUUGUCUUAUAAUGAUCUAUCUGGUACAAUCCCUCCCACAUUUAACAACCUCACAUUCUUGUCGAAGUUUAGUGUGGCGCAUAAUCACUUGCAAGGACCGAUUCCGAGCGGAGGGCAGUUUUUAAGCUUCCCUAGUUCAAGCUUUGAGGGUAAUUUGGGACUUUGCAGGGAUAAUGAUAUUGAUAAUGUCACUCCUUGCAAGAUUGUUAACAAUAUGAGGCCUGGUUUUUCUUCUGGUUCAUCGAGAAAAUUUAAUAGAGGCAAUGUUCUUGGCAUAACAAUCAGCAUAGGAGUAGGUCUUGCUUUGCUGCUUGCGUUUGUUGUGGUAAGAAUGGCAAAGAGGGAAGAAGAUAAAACUAUCGGUAGCUUCGACGAAGAGAUGAAUAGUAGGCCACAAAGGUUAUCAGCUGAAGCACUUUUUUCGUCUAAAUUGGUGCUUUUUCAGAAUGCAGAUUGCAAGGAUCUCACAGUUUCGGAUUUGUUAAAAGCGACAAACAAUUUCAACCAAACGAAUAUUGUUGGUUGUGGCGGAUUCGGUCUUGUUUAUAAGGCUUAUCUUCCGAAUGGCACAAAAGCGGCUGUCAAAAGGCUCUCUGGCGACUGCGGUCAGAUGGAACGGGAAUUCCAAGCCGAAGUCGAGGCUCUCUCUCGAGCUCAACACAAGAACCUUGUUUCUCUUAAAGGCUAUUGUCGGCACGGCAAUGACAGGUUGCUAAUUUACUCGUACAUGGAAAAUGGAAGCUUGGACUAUUGGCUUCACGAAUGCGUGGAUGAAAGUUCAGCUCUCAAAUGGGAUGUCCGACUCAAGAUUGCACAAGGCGCAGCUCGUGGAUUAGCUUACUUGCACAAGGGGUGCGAACCGUUUGUAGUCCACCGUGAUGUUAAAUCGAGCAACAUUCUUUUGGAUGAUAAGUUUGAAGCUCAUUUAGCCGAUUUCGGUCUCUCAAGACUACUUCAACCGUACGAUACCCACGUCACAACAGAUUUAGUAGGAACUCUAGGUUACAUUCCUCCUGAAUAUAGUCAGACACUGACAGCAACGUUCCGUGGCGAUGUCUAUAGUUUCGGCGUCGUUCUUCUCGAGCUUCUUACCGGUAGAAGGCCGGUGGAAGUCAUAAAAGGGAAAAACUGCAGGAAUCUGGUGUCUUGGGUUUAUCAAAUGAAGUAUGAAAAUAAUGAGCAGGAAAUUUUUGAUAAAGCCAUAUGGGAAAAGGAAAGGGAGAAACAACUAUUGGAAGUGCUUUCCAUUGCUUGUAAAUGUCUUGACCAAGAUCCAAGGCAAAGACCUUCUAUUGAAAUGGUUGUUUCAUGGCUUGAUGGUGUGAGUUUUGAUGGCUCUCAACAAUGA